AUGAGAUCCAAACUCUGCUCCUCAGCCAAUCAUCCAAUCAAGGAUUUUCGACAAGGAUCAAGCACGAAAUCGAUGGACGCAACGAUAUGCGCGGCACUGAUAAGCGAUAUGAUCACGUGCGGUGACAAUGUGCGAUCAGCACGGCCAGCGCCGUUCUGCGUUCAUUGUUGGUCAACGCAAAGUCUUUUCAGUGGUGUUCCGACAGCUGAUUCGCAGGUGCAAAAGCACGAAAUCGUCCCUCCUCCUACCUCGUCGCUCGACUUCACGUGUCAGUUCAACUUGGAUUCAGCUCAGGCUAUGCCACGAAGUCACGCUUGCAGUACAUGUAUGCUCGCCACCAUACUGCAGUCGUUUCACAUAGGGAUGGGUUCUUGCCUGUGCAAAGAGAAAGCACGUCGUAAUCACGACAGCAAUAGUAGUCGUGGUUCACGCGCGUGUCGCCGUACUGAGGAGCGCAAUAGGUCGCCCCAGUCGUUCGAACAAGAAGUGGACUUCGAAACAGAAGGAUCAUCACAGCUCGGUCGUCGUAUGUCUAUGACGAAUUAUGUGGGGAAUGACGUUAAGGAUCUCAUUAGACAGACAUUAAAAGUGAUAAGAUCACUGGUCAACAACGAACAAGAUCCACCAGCCUCCCUUCUUAAGCUCAACAUGAUUGCUGAACGAGAAAAAGGCUGGCUGUUGGUUGUAGAAUCGUUGAUUGAAACGGUGCCUGAUGAUGAUUCUUUGGGUCCAGCUGUGAUUACACUGUUUCUUGAUGAAUGUCCACUUCCGUCCAAGGACACAGUCCAUAGACUUUUAUGCUCUCUGCGUUUGGAUCAGGCUUCCUCAUCUUCUUCGACUCGUAAACGAAGUUGGCAUAGAAAUACUUGCAUUGUUCUUGGCUCUUUGGCGGAGAAACUGGCCGGGAGCAGCAGUGUUGCCAUGUGCAAUCCAACGACUUUGAAUUAUCUAAUUUCACGAAUUGUACCUCCAUUCACACAAGCGCGUGUUGUACUUUUCGCGUUGCUGGCUUUGGAGAAAUUCGCUCAAACUAGUGAAAAUCAGUUUCUAAUUUCUCGCACUCUGGAACAAGCUGCAUCUCAUCCUCUCAAGCAGCUCGAAGAAUGGCGCCACUGCACGAACAACGCGAUGAAACGUCAAGUUGGAUUCUGUGCUACAUGGGCGCUCGAUAAUAUCUUUAUAACACCAAAUCGAACCUACGCUUAUGAAACAACGGAUGUAUCAAAAAUCAAUGCAAUGCUGAAUCAUGAGGAUGUCAGCGAGUAUCUUAAGAUUGGACCAGAUGGAUUAGAGGCACGCUGUGAUGUGUCUUCCUUUGAGUCUGUCCGCUGUACGUUUGCAGUACAAGAUGGUGUGUGGUUCUAUGAAGCCACUGUGUUUACUCCUGGAGUCAUGCAAAUAGGAUUUGCUACUAAACGAAGUCGAUUUCUGAAUCAUGAAGGAUAUGGAAUUGGAGACGACGAGUCCUCUGUAGCAUAUGAUGGCUGUCGUCAACUUCUCUGGCACAACGCACAUUCCAGUCGACAUGAGCAUGAACCGUGGUGUCCAGGCGAUGUUGUUGGUUGCUUGUUAAACAUUCCUAUGGGAACGGUUAUGUUCUUCUUAAACGGUCGUCCCUUACAAAGACCUCAUUUGGAAUUUCUGCGGAAUCGCCCAGCAGGUGAUGGUGUGUUCGCCGCGGCGUCGUUCAUGUCUUUCCAGCAAUGUCGUUUUAACUUCGGUGCUGAACCGUUCAAAUACCCUCCGGAAGUUGCAUUCAGCACAUUCAACGACGGUGGAGCGACACUAACUUUGGAACAGAAGACCAUCCUUCCUCGGCGUAGACGUCUGGAGCUCCUUCAAAAGGAACCGAUUCCCGAGGAUUACUGUACGAUAUGUUAUGCUAAUCCGGGCGAUACAGUACUUUCGCCCUGCAUGCAUGGUGGCAUUUGCAACACAUGUUCCCUUCAAAUGGAUCAGUGCCCUAUGUGUCGCCAGCCUAUUGAAAAUCGGCUAGCGAUUGAUGAAGCACCACCAGCAGUUGUCCGGAAGGUAUCAGCCGCUCAACUAUAUUCCAGUUCCAGCCAGCAUCGCCUGUCUGCCGGCCAAGCCACUUUCCUUCCUACACAACGGGUCACAACUGAAUUGUGA